AUGGAUCCCGAGGCGACUUUGUCGGGCAGUUUCAAGCCUGACACGGUGCUCCAGUCGCUAGUGGACCUGACGUCAGGGGCUACGCUGCUCAAGGCUGGAAGAUCUGUAAGGAGGUUUCGGCUGACUUCUGACCUGACUCGGCUGAUUUGGGAGUCAUCCAAGAAGAUAGAUGCCUCUGUCCUCAUAUCACAAAUCUCUGAGAUCAAAUUGGGACAAAAAACACCCAACUUCAAGCGUAACCCUUUGCCCCAGUUUGAGUCGCGUUCUUUCUCCCUCAUAUAUAGUGGUGGUCGCUCCCUGGACAUUGUCUGUAAAGACAAGAGGGAGUUUCAGACAUGGACCACUGGACUUAUGGCCCUAAAGGAAGGCUUCAGCGACUAUCACAGUGUGGAGCAGUACAUGUCUCAGGUGGAUCGUAAGGCACAAGUAAAGGAUGACAGACUCCGUGUUACAGUUGGAACCAUUCGUUCAAAGGUUUCCCACAAAGAAAGUGCAUGUGACCUGUACACAUGGGGGUCAGGUCAUCGAGGAAUGCUUGGUCAUAAAGAUGAAGAUGAUGAGAGAGUGCCCCGUGUGGUGGAGAGCUUGCUUGGCCGGGAUAUUGUCAUGGCAGCAUGUGGAGUGGCUCACACUGUGGCCUUGGGAGUCACUGGAGAGGUGUACUCCUGGGGCUCUGGAUUCUAUGGCCGUCUGGGGCACGGGAACUUGCGGGACCGAUUUUCUCCUCUAAUGAUAGGAGCUCCUCUCAGGGGCCUGGCAGUGACGUACAUUGCUUGUCAUGAGUUCCACUCGGCUGCUGUCUGUGACAAUGGGGAGCUGUUUACUUGGGGUAGGGCAGGGCCUUAUUUGGGGUAUGAAGUUGAGAGUGGUAACAAGCAGAUGAGGCCACGUAGAGUGAGCCAAUUGGAAGAGCAUCGGGUGUCUCAGGCUGCUUGUGGGUGUGCCCACACUCUUGUGUGUACGGAGGGAAACCAGGUGUUCUCAUUUGGUAGUAAUGAGUUUGGGGAGCUGGGACUUGGCCACGAGCAUGCUGUCACUGCCCCUUCGCUGGUGUCCUUCACUGAGGACCCUUCCAUCUAUCGCAUCGCGUGUGGGCGUAACCAUUCCGCUGCUGUUGAUGUGGACGGGAGAUUGUACAUGUGGGGGUGGGGUGGGCGCGGUCAGCUGGGACAGGGCGAGAUUCUGAAGAGUCCUCAGAACCUUCCUCUGCUGGUGGAGGGCUUCAACGAGCAGCCAGUGACAGAUGUCAGUUGUGGUGACGGUCACUCCUGUUGCCUGACAGGCAGUGGCAUUCCCUACUGCUGGGGAGACAACAGUGCAGGUCAACUGGGGGUCCCUCUCUCAACACAGGAGGUCUGUCGCCCCAGGGCUGUCCUUAUCCCAACUGGGCACUUCAUCACACAAGUUGCAUGUGGAGCCAAUUUCACAGUGGCCUUGUCUUCCGGCGGCUCAGUGUUCACGUGGGGACUAGGCGUGAGUGGUCAGCUUGCUCAUGGAGAGAACAAGAGCAGGUCUCAGCCGGUGGAGGUGGAGGCUCUUGCUGGAAAGCAGUGCCGACUAGCAGUGUGUGGGAAGGACCACAUGGCUUGUACUGUCAUUCAUGGAUGGGUGCCUGAUGAAGAGGCAGCUGCUUGCAUGGCUUGCAAGAAGAACUUCACCACCAUCCGUCGCAGGAUUGGGGCAUGCGGUUUGCGCGUGCGCGUGGUCCACGUUCUCCCUGUCGUCCCCGGCCCCAUCUCGAUCGGAAAGUCGAUGGCUGGUUUAGGCCAAGCUAGUAAUCCUUGCAACAUCCUUAACUCGUAUCACAACGGCUGUCAGUAUGAGCUCCGUGGGGAAGUGGGCCCACCUCAUAGCAGAGUGUUCACCAUGGCCGUUUCUGUGAUGGGGGAUGACUUCGUUGGAACUGGGCGGUCUAAGAAGUUAGCUAAACGGGCAGCUGCUGCAGAAGCUCUCCGCAAGCUCUACAACGUACAACUUAGCCUCUCUGAACAUACAAUUCGAAACAGCGUAGCCCCACUGUUUCCAGCUACAACAGACUUCACUGCCGACGCGUCUGAAACUGGAAGUAGUUUCUCGGGAGCCACAUCCAGCAGCCCUUACGUGAGCUGCAAUGAUUGUCUGCUGUCAGGGUCCCCUGUUGAGCCUGCCAACCCUCCCCCGCCAUUUCCUGAGGACAUGGGUCCCCCAGAAGCAAAGCGCUCUCGUACAGCCAUUACGUACAGCACUCUGCACCCAGUCAGUGAGCUGAUUCGCAGGUACCAAGAUGCCAUGUUCACCUACUCAGAUGCUGGGCCUCCCCAUGCCAAGCAAUAUGAGGCUACAGUUGUAAUCCGUGGGUGGGAAUUCAGAGGUCAUGGGCCAAACAAAAAGAAGGCGAAGGCAUUUGCAGCAGAGACUGCACUGAGGCACUUGGACAAUGUGUACAACAUAGGGAAGGAUGCUGUGGCUCCUCCAGGCAGCCAGCCUGCGUGGUUCAUGGACCUGGGCCCUGAUGUGUCCCAAAUGUUGGCGGACAGGGUCGGCCAACUGUGUGAGGAGAAGUUCAGUGAGCUGGCUACUCAGCGACCGCAGUCAGAGAGGGCGAAGAAGGUGAUGGCAGGGAUAGUCAUGAUGAAAGGCAGCUCUGGGGAGGGGAUUGUGUCUGGUGAUGUGGGGGGAGAGGUAGUUGCCUUGGGAACGGGUACAAAGUGCAUCAGUGGGGAGUCGAUUAGUGAGUCUGGGUUGGCAUUGAAUGACUGUCACGCUGAGGUCAUUGCUCGAAGAGCCUUCCUUCGUUUCAUGUAUGCCCAGCUCACCCUAUGCACCAAGGGACCAGAUAACCAGUCAAUAUUCGAAAGAGAAGCUUCAGGAAAGUUUUGUUUGAAAACAGGCAUCUCAUUCCACUUGUACAUCAGCACCACUCCGUGUGGAGAUGCCCGAGUCUUUUCCCCGGCCGAUGCAAAGGGAGGGGAUGCACACCCAAUGCGGCAGUCCCGGGGACAAGUCCGGGUGAAGAUAGAGGCAGGAGAAGGUAGCAUUCCUGCAGAGAGUCAGGUCCAGACAUGGGACGGAAUUCUGGCUGGCGAGCGACUCUUCACCAUGUCGUGCAGUGACAAACUGGCGAGAUGGAACUUGCUGGGAUUGCAGGGAGCUCUGCUGUCUCUGUACAUUGAGCCCGUGUACCUAAAGUCCAUCAUUGUUGGCUCUCUCUUCCAGGAGCAGCACCUCCUCCGCGCUGUGUACUCCCGCAUCAGUGGGGUGCAGGGCCUACCGGAACAGUUCACCCCCACCCUCCCUCUCUUGCAUCCAUUGUCCCAUCCAUCUCCUCGUGUCGCCCAAAAGUCUCCCAGCACCAGCUUAAACUGGACAUGGGGAGACUCUGAGGUGGAGGUUGUCCACUGCAAAACUGGAAAAUUGGACGACCGUGUCCCAUCACGCUUGUGCAAGCAGCUGCUGUUUGAGAGGUUUGUGGAGCUGUGGGACGAGUUUGCUCCCGAGAGUGUGAAGUCAGGUGCUGUAAAACUGUUGCCUGAAGCUGUUCAAAAGGGUCAACAGUCGAGUGUCGAGUCAGACAUAGACAGCAAGCAACUGAAGGGAUCUCUGCCUUUCCCCCAAGAGAAAGCCAAGCCAAGCAGGCCACAGGAGAAAGAUGGUAAUAUUCGUCGCAGUCAGAGGCUGAGAGCAAAUCCUCCUGAAGGUGGAGCUGUGCUAGAGGCUGGGAAUGGUGAGGUGGAUGCCAGUGUCCAGGCAGCAGCUGUUCCAGGUGUAACGUCGCAGCUCAUCAGGUCUUACUGCACCUAUGGACAGGUCAAGAGCCUAGCAGGUGACUAUAGGACGGCGAAAAACCUCUUAUCGGACCACCUCAAGAGCCGCUGGGGAUCAUGUUGGAUCAGAAAACCAGUGGAACAAGAAAACUUUCAUCUUUGAGUCGAACUUGUAUGCAUUAUUUUUUGUGUGGUUUUACAUUACUUUUAAACAAGUUUGUGGUAUGGGAGUAAGUGUAUAAUUUUUAUUAUAAAUGUCCUGCUACGGGAAAAGGACCAUUCGUUGUUGUGUCAUUGCUUUCGAGCUACGACCCAAAAAAUGAAUUAAGUGCAUUUUGGGCUUUUUCAAACACCGGCAAAAAAUUAAUUUGCUCUAUA